AUGACGUCCACAGUGGAUUUACGGCAUGACUUCUUCGCCACACGCAUGGUCGCGUGCUCCCGCAGCAAUGAUGCAGGCUAUUAUCUACAAGCCUCCUUUGACACCAGGAUCACUUGCUCGAUGCUUCUCGUUGCCUGCUCGGCCUGUGAUCCCGCCACAGCAGAGCAGCUGGCUCCCACAGACUCGCAACAAAUUCCCCCUUCUCAUCCGCUCGGUGGCAACAAGCCAGACCCUACCAUUGACCCUCUGUAUCUGAUUCUUCAGAUGGACUCUCCCAAUGACCUCCCGCCCCUAUCCAGUCAGAGCGUUCUCAAACGAUUCCCAAUGGGCGCAUUUUUCUUUCUCGCCACUGGACUGAUACGAGUCGAGCCAUACUCUUAA